UCUUAGGACAGCACAUAGAUUACCUAUUUAGUCUUGGGGGAGGAAAUGUGAUCAAAUAUGUAAAUAUGUAAUUAAAUAAAAUCAAUCAAUAUAAAACUCUCAAUGGUUUACAAAGGGACACACAGUUAUGCCAUUUAUCAAAGGAAUAAAACAAUCCAGAACCAAAUUGCUGGAGUUGAAAACAUUAAAAUGCGGCUUGCGGACGACCAUUUGCUCACUUAAUGGGGACAAAUACACCGGCGGCUGGUUGGACGACAAGAAGCACGGAAUUGGAACUCAGGUGUGGAAGAAGACUGGUGCCGUUUACAGUGGCGAGUGGAAAUUUGGAAAACGUGAUGGAUUUGGUACCUACAGUGUUCCUGUGUCGGGGACAAAUAGCUAUGUGAAGAAAUACUAUGGACAAUGGGAAGAUGGGAAAAAGCAUGGCCAAGGCAUAUAUUACUAUAGUAAUGGAGCAUUUUACGAAGGGGAAUGGUACGAAGACGAACGUAGUGGAAAGGGAAUACUGUACGAUGACAAUUUCAUCUAUGAGGGAGAGUGGCUGAAGGACAAGUACCAUGGAGAUGGCACCAUGCUGUUAGCUAAUGGAAAUUGCUAUAAUGGCCCCUGGAGAAAUGGUGAGAAGCACGGCUAUGGAAAGUUCUACUUUGCUGACUCAGGACGCCUUUAUGAUGGCGUCUGGGUCAACGGCAUCGCAAAAUGUGGAACCAUAUCAAAAGAUCCAAAUUACGAGCCACCAUUUCCAAUGAAGUAUGAGAUUCCAAAGAUUGAGCUGGAGGAUGUGGAGACGGUUUUGGAUGAAGCCAUUGCUGCUCUGACUGGAGAGAAGGAUGAAAAAGACGCCGCCAACUCAUCACCCAACGCAGAGAAUGGCUGAUCAAGAUCUUGAGGAUGUGUCUUCCAUUUUGCCCAAACACUAUUUUAAGUCCAUCACCUCUCGUCUCAGAGAAGUCUUUGAAUUUUGGCGCCUGGAAACUGAAGCCCAGGUAAAAUUGUACACAGCUUGAAUAACAGAACUUUUUCCAAUUCUUCGGUGGGUUUUCUCCGGGUACUCCGGUUUCCUCCUACUGAACAAAACAUCUCGGUAGGCCAAAGUGAAGGGGAAGUGUUUAACUUUUUCUUUUUGUUUUGUUACUUGAGGGACGUUGUAUUGGGCUGUGACAACCGACUGACUCGUGAAGAACCAACUGUUCUAAAUACUACAUAUGAAUACAACAAAAAUAACAUUUUUAAACUGUUUCUCUCUUGUAAGUAGACAAUCCCCACUAAUGUUGGGCGGGGUGUUGGCAAAAUUGACCAUAGCACAUCAACUGUUUCGUCUCAGACUUUAACCCUUGCGACAUAAGUUUGUUACAAACAACUCAAGCAUCUUCAAGAUGCUGAGUGAUGAUGUUUAACUUUUUAGAAUAAAAUAGCUAAUAAAUAUUCUUGGUGCUGGAUCACGGUUCACUUCAAAAUAUUGAUCUGUGAGUUUCAUUGCUACUUUCCAUUCAGCACCAUUCUUCCAAAUAAACUUUGCAGUUGUGGACA